AUGAAUCUUCGCCUUGAAUUGACACGGUUCCUUAACCUUUGUUUCGCGCUUGCCUCCGCGUUCAUGUUUUGGAAGGGUCUCUCAAUCGUAACAGACUCACAUUCGCCCAUCGUUGUGGUGCUGUCGGGCUCGAUGGAGCCAGCUUUUCAAAGAGGUGACAUCCUUUUUCUGUGGAACAGAAACACACUCAACAAGGUUGGAGACGUGGUUGUGUACGAGGUCAAUGGCAAAGACAUUCCCAUCGUGCACAGGGUGAUGCGGGAGCAUAUAGACGAAAAAACAGGCAAACAGCUAUUACUCACGAAGGGUGACAACAAUGCUGGAAACGAUAUUCCAUUGUAUGCAAAGCGCAAAGUGUACUUACAAAAGGACCGUGACAUUGUGGGAACGGUAAAGGGCUACAUUCCGCAGCUAGGUUACGUGACGAUAUGGAUCUCCGAAAAUAAGUAUGCAAAGGCUGGCCUUAUGGGGCUCAUUGCCCUAAGUGCUUUGUUGAGCAAUGAGUAG